UUCCCGUGAUGCAUCUGUUCAGAUCGGUGUUUGACGCGCUCCGGAGUGUAGCGUCAGUAGCAGCACGCGCGUCUCCGUUAUCAUCGCACUCAAUGGCUGCGGCUCUCUCUCGCGCUCUAAAAUUACCGGGUAAGAAGGGUACAGAUCUGGGCGAGUAUGAUCCUCUGACGCAGGCCGACAGUGAAGACGAAAUCGAAGAAGAUGAUCUGGUUCUCAAUUAUCCUCGUAACGGUCUGAGUCCGGAGCUGAGGGGCCGUCAGUGUGUGGAUGAAGAGGAGUUUGAUGAAGAUGAGUGGAGAGUUCAGGGCCAGCAGCCCCAGAGAGAGAGGGUGGGGCUUGAGCCAGAGGGGACGGGGUUAGGGCGGGGCCAGGGCGGAGACUCUGAGGAGAAGGCGGUGCGUGUGCGAGGGGCGGUGCAGACUGCUGCAUUCCUGCUGCCGCUGAGCUGCGCUGCCGUGCUGGUGCUGCUGUGUGCAUUUCUCAUUCCUUGCCCGCAGGGGGCGUUACACAACACACCGCGGUGGGAGACAGAGCUCGGAGAUGUGGGCGGUGUGACAUCACCUCCUGUUGCAUUGUGGGAUGUUGAUGGAGACGGACUGGACGACGUUUUGAUUGGUGUCACGAACAUCUCCAAUGACAGUCAGCCAAUGAGCUCUCAGAGUAAAGAAUACAGUGUGAUGGCAGUGAGUGGCAUCAGUGGGCAGGUGUUGUGGAGGCGGGUGCUCAGAGAACCGCUCAUCUCACUGCAGUGUGGACUACAGACAGGAAGUGCUGAUCCUCACUACAGGGAACUGGAGACGUCUGCUUGCAUCCUGAUCAGCUCCAGUCACAUCAUCAGUGUUAAUGCAUCUACAGGCAGGACGUUCUGGACCGCAGCUGUGGGUAACGUGGAGUCUCAUGCUGUUCUGCUGCCGGAUCUGCAGGGAGACGCAUUUCCAGAACUACUGAUCACAACACUACCAGCUGACCAGGUGUCUGAUCUCGCUCUCGUCUUGAUCUCGGGGAGGUCUGGAGCUCUGAUUGGCCGGCCGGUGAACUUUAACCUCACUGCACAGGGGAAGCUGAUUGGUCCGCUGCUGCACGAGACGGCGACUGGAGCGUAUUACAUCCUGUUUGGACUGGGCACUGUGGAGGCCGUGUCUCUCAGUUAUAUUUAUAGUCAGGCCACUGGCAGGACAGCCUCGUCUAGAGUCCGACUGAAGGACCCCAACUGGGAACGACUAAGAAAGAACAACACAACACUCAUACACAUCAGCAGUGGCGCAGAGCAGGUGGAGUUCUUGCUUCCUCUUGUUGCUGGUUUGUGUCAUAAUCACAAUAAUCUAGACACUGUGUCGGUGCUGAACGCGAGUCGCAGUGAUUGGAUCCUGGUGUGUGGAGUAAACAGCAGACUGUCUGUACUGAAACAGAGUGACACACAUGCUGCAUGGACGCUCAGCCUCACUUCAAUACACAGUCGUCCGGUGUCGGGUCACUUUAAUGAUGAUGGUGUUCCUGAUGUGCUCAUUGAUCAGUCUGCCAAUGGCAUCAGGAAGGUGCAGAUCAUUGACGGCACUCAGGGGCGGAGCUUAUGGGAGGCGGAGUUUGUGUGUCCUCGUCUGGCAGUGGAGGACUCAUCCGUUCUGACCACAUCCGGCCAAUCGGUGUUCCUGUUCUGGGCGGGAGAUCCACUCACACAAUCGCAGAACGUUACCAAGGCGGCCGCAGCCGAACCGGUUCAGCGCAAACUCUUCCUGCUUCAUCCGUACUAUCCCACAAUCCUCCUGCAGCUGAGCAGCACCACAGACACCGUUCUCACGGCAACAGUGAGUUAUCAGUCGCAGCAGAAAGACGCGUCUUACAUCAGUGUGUCAUCUCGGCCCACGUCCAGUCUGGGACUUGGAAAUCGACUGCUCAAGAGUUUCAGUAUGAAAGCAGCGAUUGCGGCCGGUCAGAUCGUCCAGCUGGGAGACGUGAGCAGAGAUGUCGGCGCUUUCCACAUCAACAAGUUCUUCAGACGCUUGUCCUUUAAACAGGUCUGAGAAAACAUGCCAAGCUGGGCCAGAAAGGAAAUCAAAAGGAGACUUCUGGACACGUCACUGAAAUCAUACAGUUUUGAGUUGCGUUCAUGUAGCCGCUGUUGUGUGUUUGUCUCUGCAGUGAGUUUGUCCCGCUCAUACCUGAACACGUCUGUUUCCUGUGGGAUCCUCUCCGUGUGCCGACACGUCCUCAUUCCUGCCGCUGCUGCCGGAAGUCUCAUGUGGAUUUUGUGUUCCUGAAAGUUGAAUGCAUGUCUUUUGUUUCUGUUCAUGAAGGUUCAUUUUCCCAGAAAUAGGCCAGUAAGACUUCAAUAUGACUGAAGGAAUAUGUGUAUAUACUUGAUCUAUUUGAACUUUAACUUAAUUUAAACUUGAUAUUAGAAGUCUGAGACAAAGGAACUCCAUGAACAUGUGCGGGACUCUUGUUCUGUGAUUUUAAUUCUCACUCUGGCCAGUACAGUGAGUUUUUCAGCUUUACACAUUGGGUUUGUUGUAGAUAUCUUUCACACUGUACAGUAUUUAUAGAAGUGAAAUGGACAUGUUGUGUGUUUGAUGCAUAAGUGACUGAAAUACGGAUGUAAAUACACUGAACAAUAAACACUUCGUUCCACUUAACACUGAAAUACUGGAUGUUCAAUAUUUGUGUGCUGAGAUGAAAAUAAUAAAUGAGAUCUCUGUUAAAUCUGUUAUAGUAGUGUUUACGUGCACUUUUAAAGUAAAAUUUAAGACCAAUAAUUUGUCUUUUUAAAAUGGCAUGUAAACGUUUUGGUCUGACUGAUUUCUGUUGGUUUAUUCUGUAAUUAAUGAACGUCUGACUUCUCAUUUUCCAGCUUAUUACAAGAUGACUUGCCAAAUAAAUAAAUAAAUGCA